AAACUCAACCACCACGCAACUCCGCGAUUUCAUCUCGUCUCCUCCCCAUUUCAUCUUCACCUCUCUUCUCCUACUACUCUCCUCCUAAUCUCUUCUAUAUACUUCCCUUUUCACCUCCAAACUCGCGCCGCCUCGCCUUGAUCCCCAGUUAGGCACCACCCCUUGUUCGUCAGCUCACACGUUCAGCAUAGUCGAAUUCCAUCCAUCCCCUUUGUCUCGACCAGCAUCCAUUAGAGUCCUUGGGCGCUAUAAUAUCACGGCCGAUACUUCUUUAAUACCAUUUCAAUUCUCGAUUGUUCGCUAGCGCCGUUCAAUUCUCUUCCAACUCUUUUGUCGCACAAACCCCGCGACUCAACACCAAAGCUUUCCUCGACCCAUUGCAUAUCGCACAUAUCACUCGAUAAAAUGGCUACCAACGGAUCUUUUGCCCAGCAGGACCAGCUCAAGGCCCCUGCCAACGUCGAUACCAACGGCACCACUAACAACAACCUUUCCAAGGAUGAAGUUGGCUGGUACUUCGUUGAGCAAUACUACACCACUCUGAGCAAGUCUCCCGAGAAGCUCCACCUCUUCUACGGAAAGCGCUCCCAGUUCGUCUACGGUGUCGAAGCCGAGGUUGCCAAUGUCUCUGUCGGCCGUCAGGAUAUCCAGGAUCGCAUCAAGGCCCUCGACUUCCAGGACUGCAAGGUCCGCGUCUCCAACGUGGACUCCCAGGCUUCCAACGAGAGCAUCGUCAUCCAGGUCAUUGGUGAGACUUCCAACAAGGGUGCCGAGCCCAAGAAGUUCGUCCAGACCUUUGUCCUCGCCCAGCAACCCUCCGGAUACUUCGUCCUUAACGAUAUGUUGAGAUACAUUGACGAGGAGACUGAGGAAGAGGAGACCGCCGCUGAGCCCGCUGCUGAGCCCGCUGCUACCGAAGCCGCUGCUGAGGAGGAGGCUGCCCCUGUCGAGGCUGCUGCCACUGAGCCCGAGGCUCCUGCCGCUGAGGAGGAGGCCGAGUCCGCCCCUGUUGAGGUUGAGGCCGCUGCCGAGCCCGCUGUUGCUGUUGCUGAGCCCGCCGAGAAGGCUGCUGAGGAGAUUAAGGAGGUUGAGAAGGCCGCCGAGCCCGCCGCUCCCGCCGCCAAGGCUGAGGCUCCCGCUGAGCCUGCUGCCCCCCCUAAGCCCAUGACUUGGGCUAGCCGCGCUGCUGCUGCUGCUGGACCCCGUCCUGUUGUGCCUUUGGCCAAGACUGCCACUCCUCCUGCUGCUAACCAGACUCGCGCUCCCGCUCCUGCCGCCGCGGCUCCUGUUGCCAAGGAAGCUCCUGCUGCUGCUGCUGCUGCCGCCGCCACUGAGGCCAAGGAGGCCACCAAGGAAGCUUCCAAGGAAUCUUCUGGAUGGCAGACCGCUGGCGCUGAUUCUAAGCGCCAAAAGGGAGCCCAGCCUGCUGCUACGGCUGUCGCUGAGAAGGACACCACCAUGGGUUAUGUCAAGUACGUCACCGAGAAGGUUCAGGAGAGUGAGCUUCGCGCCGCUCUCGCUGCUCACGGUGAGCUGAGCUACUUCGAUAUCAACCGCCAGAAGAACUGUGCUUUCGUUGAAUACAAGACUAUUGAGGGAUACCAGGCUGCCAUUGCCAGCAACCCUCACACCGUCAACGGCGAGAACAUCGUCGUUGAGCCUCGCCGCCCCAAGGCUGCUGGUGCCGGUGCUGCUAACGCCAACGGUCCCAACAACCGUGGCAACGGUGCUUCUCGCGGCCGUGGUGGUUUCGAGGGCAACCGCACCAACGGCGGUCAGGGCCGUGGUAACUUCUCUGGUCAGACCCGUGGCCGUGGCGGCGCUGCUCGUGGCCGCGGUGGUGCCAACCAGGGUGCCAGCGCUUAAGUCACCGUCGCCCAAUACGGCCCAAGUUUACGCGUCAUUGCUGAGCGGUAAUUGGGUCUCGCUAAUGACAGCAGUACUUUGUCAUAUCUCUACAGCAAUUUCUUGAAAAGAAUACGAAAAAAAAUAAGCAUGCGAUGAGGUCAUCGCAUAGUAAAGAUACCAUGGCGCAUAAGGACAGAUCGGUCACGUUUGCUUAUGAAGUGUAAAGAAUGGAGGGGUCUGAAGAUUUGGGAUUUUGGCCCUCAUACUUUAUCGUUGCAGAGCAUGUUUUAACGGCCCGAAAAUGACGACAUUGAUUUCCAAGGAGCACAUUACAGUGGUGUUAAUUCAGGAUGGACAGAUGCCGGGGCAAAACAAAAAGCAUGAUUUUUCAUAAAAGUUGUCAUUGUUUAUCAUGAGGACGACAGAAGAGGAGAUACGCAUGUAUAUUUGGAGCCUAUAGCAGGUAUAAAGAUGCUAUACCUGCAUGGAAUGGAUACAUUUGGAUGCCUUGUCAUUGAGGGCAUUGGUUUUGAGCAAUUUGAAGCGAGCGUUUUGAGCUGGAGGCAGAAUAUUUUGUUCAAUUUGAACCAACGGCGCGAUUGCGAAUCUGCGAAUGGAGAAGAAUAAAGGGGAUGAUGUAUUAUACAGUGGGAUCGAAGCCGCGCCGGAUAUAAAAUUUAAUCAAUAUUUUGUUUCACUUUGCUGUCUUUUGCUGUAUAUGGUAGCCAUGUAAGCGCAUGGUGAUGUAAUGUGAUUGUACACCAU